AUAAAUUCUUUCUGUGUAAGUAGUUCUAAGUUCAUCUAAGAGUUGAAUCUGAAUUAUUCUCUUUUUAAAUCAAUAUUAUAAAAUAUUUUUCAGACAAUUUUUCAUUCUGACAUAUACAAUCCAAUUCCUAACUUCUGCUUCGGAUUUCAUCUUUUUCCAUUCACCUAACAAAACAAAACUGCUUCUCAAACGUGCUUCUUCAAGAAGCAGAAAAAGUCAUUUUUGAAGUCGACCCAAGUCAUCAAUUGCUGCUUUGAUUCAGAAAGGAGUUUUUUUUCAGCUCAAGAAGCUGGUUUCAUAGGUGCCCAUCAAAAAAUGGCAAAACGUGGCUACAAAAUUCAGGAAUUUGUAGCUCAUUCAAGCAAUGUAAAUUGUUUAAAUAUUGGGAAGAAGGCGUGUCGUCUUUUCGUUACAGGAGGGGAUGAUCACAAGGUCAAUUUGUGGACUAUUGGCAAACCAACUUCUCUAUCGAGCUUGUCUGGUCAUACUAGCCCGGUCGAAUCGGUUACAUUUGAUUCGGGAGAAGUGUUAGUUCUUGCUGGAUCGACAUCGGGUGUGAUAAGGCUCUGGGAUUUGGAAGAAUCAAAGAUGGUUCGCACUGUUGCCGGGCACAGAUCCAAUUGCACUUCUGUUGAGUUUCAUCCAUUCGGUGAGUUUUUUGCAUCCGGCUCCAUGGACACUAAUCUAAAGAUUUGGGACAACCGGAAAAAAGGAUGUAUUCAUACAUACAAGGGUCAUAGCCAAGGUAUCAGUACUAUCAAAUUCACUCCGGAUGGCCGUUGGGUAGUAUCUGGUGGUUUUGAUAAUGUUGUAAAGGUCUGGGAUCUAACUGCUGGAAAGCUCUUGCAUGACUUCAAUUUCCAUGACGGACACAUUACGUCCUUAGAUUUCCAUCCACUUGAGUUUCUUCUGGCUACAGGUUCAGCAGAUAGAACAGUCAAAUUCUGGGAUUUAGAAUCCUUUGAACUGAUUGGAUCUGCUCGACGUGAGGCCACAGGUGUACGCUCAAUGGCUUUUCAUCCUGAUGGAAGGACCCUAUUUAGCGGACAUGAAGAUGGUUUGAAGGUGUUUUCAUGGGAACCCGUUAUUUGCCAUGACACUGUUGAUAUGGGAUGGACAAAACUUGGUGAUCUUUGCAUUCACGAUGGCAAACUUUUAGGGUGCUCAUACUACCGAAACUCUGUUGGAGUUUGGGUAGCAGAUAUAUCGCUUAUUGAGCCGUAUGGGGAUGGCUUGGAUCUGAAGAAAGAUAUCGGCACAGAGCAGAAACAUAGUCUUAAGGGAAGUAAAUUGGAAAAUGUAGAGGUUGAUGUAGGACCAACUGCUGGGUUUCGCAGCAUAUCUCCUGAUGAGUCAAAAGAAAUAAAGAAUAUAUAUAUCGACUCUUCUGGUGGGAAGCCUGUUUCUUUACAAAGAUCAGCAUCUUAUCAUUCUGCAAAAGUAGAUCUCGCAGAGGAAUCCAAGGAAAUUUAUGACUUGGAAACGUUGAAGCAGAAUCCUGCAACAAAAGUUCAUGUAAAAUCAAAUGAACAAGAAACUAGAAAAUCUAUAAUCGUGCCAAACAUUCCUGAUUCUAAGGACUCUGCUAAACCUGUAAAAGAAACCAUCACUUUUUCAAAGACAAAACCCGGGAUGUUACUUAAACCAGCUCAUGUACGGAGAGCAUCCACGGGCAGAUUUGAUGUUGAUAGGUUUUCUGAUGUGAAUUCUAGAACUUUUUGCGAUACUGCAAGUAAAUUAGACAGUGCGAAAUUUCCUAAGUUUGAAAGUUAUGUUGGAUCUCAGAAUGAAGUCAAAGAAUCUUGUGAAGAUAAACAUCCUAUCAAGAAUGUCACAGACAAGUCAAACAAAACUGUGUCUCCAUACAAAAUUUUCAACCUGGCAAAACGUGUUGAGUCCUCUACUUGCAAUGAAGAAAUUACUCCAGUUAAAUAUGUGAAUGGAGUUGCUGUUGUACGAGGAAGAACCCGUUCUCUGGUUGAGAGAUUUGAAAGAAGAGAAAUAGUUCAAGUCAAUGAAGAUGAAAUUAAUGCACCCCUUCCCACAAUAAAUGAAGCAGGGGUAAAUAUUCAUAAUGAAGAUCAAACUAAUUCAUACCCCACUUCGGUAUUUGAGAGGAAAGAAAUAAUUCCCUGCAACGAAGAUCAAACUAGUGAAACUCCUUCUGUGGUAUUCGAGAGGAAAGAAAAAAUUCCUCGCAAUGAAGAUCAAACUAGCGAAUCCCCCUCCACGGCAUUUGAGAGGAAAGAAAGAAUUCCUCGCAAUGAAGUUCAAACUAAUGCAUACCCCCCUAUGGUAUUUGAGAGGAAAGAAAAACUUCCCCGCGAUGAAGAUCAAACUAAUGAAUCUCCCUCCUCGGUGUUUGAGAGGAAAGAAAAAAUUCCCCGGGAUGAAGGUCAAACUAAUGCAUCCCCCUCUACAGUGUUUGAGAUGAAAGAAAGAAUUCCCCGCAGUGAAGUUCAAACUAAUGCACCCCCCUCCGUGGUAUUUGAGAGGAAAGAUAGAAUUCCCCGUACUGAAGUUCAAACAAAUGCACCCCCUUCCACGGUGUUUGAGAGGAAAGAAAGAAUCCCCCGUGAUGAAGUUCAAACUAAUGCAUCCCCCUCUACGGUAUUCGAGAGGAAAGAAAGAAUUCCCCGCAUUGAAGUGCAAACUAAUGCAUCCUCCUCCGUGGUGUUUGAGAGGAAAGAAAGAAUUCCCCGCAAUGAAGUUCAAGCUAAUGCACCCCCCUCCACGGUAUUUGAGAGGAAAGAAAGAAUUCCCCGUAGUGAAGGUCAAACUAAUGCAUCCCCCUCCAUGGUGUUUGAGAGGAAAGAAAGAAUUCCUCGCAGUGAAGUUCAAACUAAUGCACCCCCAUCCUUGGAGAGGAAAGAAAGAAUUCCCCGCAAUGUAGUUCAAACUAACGCAUCCCUCACCUUGGUAUCUGAGAGGAAAGAAAGAAUUUCCCGCAAUGGAGUUCAAGCUAACGCAUCCCUUGCCAUGGUAUCUGAGAGGAAAGAAAGAAUUCCCCGCAAUGAAGAUCGAAACAAUUUUCCCUCCAUUCCUAACACACCAUCUGACAUUGAUGAAUCUCCUAGUCCUAACAUACCGAAACUUGAACCUCAAGUUUCUCAAAGGGAUUCAAGCAGUCCAAAUGAAAUGGCAAUAAUUGAAGGUCUGAUGGAAACUCAUGAUGUAACAUUAAGUAAUCUCCGUUCACGGUUGACAAAAUUACAGGUGGUUCGACAUUUUUGGGAACGAAAUGAUAUCAAAGGUGCUAUCAGUGCUUUGAGAAAGCUGCCAGAUCAAUCUGUUCAAGCAGAUGUUAUUAGUGUCCUUAUGGAAAAGAUGGAGAUUCUUACAUUAGAUUUACUUGCUUCCUUACUUCCUGUACUCACAGGUUUGCUGGAUAGCAAGACCGAAAGACAUGUAAAGGUGUCACUGGAUAUGUUGUUAAAGUUUGCGGCAGUUUUUGGUUCAACAAUAACUGCAACCAUUUCAGCACCUCCCUCUGUUGGGGUUGAUCUUCAUCGGGAGCAAAGGAGGGAAUGCUGCAACGAGUGCUUUAUGGAACUACAAAAAGUCCAAACAAUUCUUCCAAUGCUGAUACGGAGGGGUGGUUUAUUGGCCAAAUCUUCCAUGGAGCUAAAUCUUGUUCUUCAACGAUCGUAACAGAAGAUGUUUAUAUGAUGAUCAUUCAAUUUGUGAAGGAGCAACUUGCUUUCAUGUCGGAUUGUUAUUAUCGUAGCGUAUAACCUACAAUUUUGUCUUGGUGGUUUUCUCUGUUAGUUGUUGUCAUCACCGGCUUAGUUGAUGGAAUGAGACAUUUAUGAUAGUUGAAUGAGUUCUUUUGAAGAUGGAAUCAGCCAUCCAAGGAUAUUUGUCUUCAACAAUUCUGAAGGCUUGUGGUCCUAACUUCAAUUCACUGAUCAAUGGUUAUUGUUUGUAUGUAAAUCUUGUUUUUCUUCAAUUUGUUGUUACUUCUUGUUAUUAGUGGUAGUGUGAUACUGACCCCUAUAUAUUGCAUUACUCCAAGUGGGGGCUUGGCUUUCAACAAAUAUAUUAGAUGUAUGUAGUAGCUUUGCUUAUUUCAAUGUAUAUCUCAUAUUUUGUUCAAUGAAAUGGAUUUUCGAUUUUUUUGAUUAAACUA